AUGGGGAAUACCUCAUCUCAACCCGAGCCUUUCCCCGAGAUCCCCGACGAUUUUGGGGAUAUCGUUCCCGAAACUCCUCGUCGGAAAUCUUCUUACUCUCCCGAGGCUCGUCGGAAGAAAAAUAAGAGUGGAAAGCUAGUUUCCACUGCAUCCGACGCUCUGCCGUCAAAAAUUGUACCAGGCAACGGUGACAAAACUUCACCAAAAUCAGACCCGACCAUGUCGAAAGCCGCAAAGCGAAAGCGCGGGACUGAACAAGACCUUAGGCAAAAGACUAAAAAGUCUCGCAAAUCAGACAAUCAGGUCGGCGCCGAGCUACUUUCGCAGGAAGACAACUCGACCUCAUCUGCAAUUGGUGUACAAUUGCCCCCCAGCCAACCCACGCCAUCACAACCCACUCCAUCGCAACCCACGCCAUCGCAACCCGAGCUUCCUCGGACCAAGAAGCCCCAGAGGGCUUCAAAGAACGACAAAGGCGCAACUGCACCUACUUCACCUACUUCGUCACGUACUCGCGACAUGGCGGAUGCAGAAAAGCCGUCACCUGUAAAAGAGCUCACUGCCGCCAAGCAAACCCCACCCACAGAUUCACCCACCCCAGAAGGUAGUGUCUUGUCGGGAGGCAGGAUCAAAGGUGUUCGAGGCUCACGCACCAGAGAGAAAGACAACCUGAAGAUUGGCUUCUACACGCCGGAUGAGGUGCAAAAAAUUGAAGCGUACAAAGUCAAUUUUUGCACUAUGCAUGGUAUUUCCAGCAUUUUGUUCGAUGAGAUGGUUCAGCAUUCCGAGCGUGGCGGAAGCGGCGAUUUCCCAGUCACCUCGGAAGUCAUCACGAAAAGCGAUUUUUGGAACGAGAUCUACGCUCUUGUUCCGGACCGUGACCGUCGAUCUGUGUACCGGUUCAUGCGCCGACACUUCCAAGCAUCGGCACAGAAAGCACAUGACUGGUCUCAAGAACAAGAUGAAGAGCUGAUUGAGCUUCAUGCGAAACACGGCGCGAAAUGGGCCUACAUUGGUAAGCUCAUUGGGCGCAGUGAUGACGAUGUCACCCAGCGCUGGAAGAACAAGCUCGAGCACCAAGGUACAAUGAAGCAAGGCGCGUGGUCGGAAGAGGAGACCAAUAUUUUCCUCAAAGCUGUGGAAUCAUCAUGGAUUACCAUGAAGCAGAUGCUUUCUGAAACGGCUGGUAAGGACUUCUACGAGCUGGAUGAGCGCCUUGUUGUUUGGGGUAAUAUCAGCAAAGAGAUGGGUCACACGAGAUCGCGACAGCAGUGCGCAGACAAGUGGCGGAAGAUUGUGAAGCAAGUCAUGACCACGCGGGCCAAUGGCCAGCCAGACGCGGUGUACGAUCCCAAAGUUGCUGCGAGAAAAUCUGCCAACUGGAACACCAGACUAGAGGGGCAAAGGAAGAGCUCCCAAUACGUGAAAGAGGACUCUGAUGAUGAAGGCACGACAGCUACGAAAACUGCCACACCGAAGCGCAAACGCCAGCGUGAGACGGAAGCAUCGCCUGUACCCGAUCCCAAUGCUGAAUCUAACCACGAAGUGCCGUCUGAGGAAGAUGAGGCCGACUUGCCUGAGCCUCCCAAGAAAGCCAAGAAGUCAAAGUCCAAGCGCAAGCGCACCGAAGAACUUGCUGCUGCACCGAUAAACGAAGUCCCGUCAUCUCCCGCUACUCCCAAAAAGACCAAAGAGGAGAGGAAGCGCGAGAAGAAGGAGCGUCGGGAGAAGGAGAUGCAAGAGCAGCUCGAGCAAGAAGCUAAGGAGAAGGAGGAACGGGACGAAAAGGUCGCACGCAAGUCGCGCAAACAGAAGAAGAAGGAGGAGAAGCAAAAGAGACAAGAGGAAGAGGAAGACAUUGCCGUGGAAGAGGCACCUAGUAGCGAUGCCGAGGCCCCUGAGCCACCCAAGAAGAACAAGAAGAAGUCUAGGAAGCACGCACCGGGCUCUAGUGACAGCCCUGCCGCUUCUGCUGAGACCUCUCGUUCCGUUGUCGAAGCGUCCCCAUCACCCGCAUCCUCUGACGCUCAUGGCUCUGCCACUGAACACGACGAUGCUGACGACCAAAGCGAAAUUGACUCGGACGGCGGAGAAAAUGACAAUAGCGAAGUCGACAUCAAGCAUGAGACUGACUCAGAUGAGUUAUGA